GUGAGUGUCCUUUCACGUGUAGGCUUUGUCUUUGCAUGUCAUGUGGGUGGGCACUGCAGAAACUGCGUGCGCGCACUUGGUACACGGUGAUGCUGAGUCAAAGACAGACAUACAGACACCAUGGAGAGGAGUCAGUUGCUGGGGUGGCCAGACAGUAGUCUCUCUUGAAGAAAGUCGCCAAGAUGUCAUGUGCAAAAUACCGGCACACACACACACACACACACACACAUUUGACACACACCUCACACACACCUCACACAGAAGUGGCAUUCCCUCCCACCCUCCACCAUCAGAGGAAUGCACCAGCAGUCAGUGAAUUCUGACGACAAAAGCAAGGCUCUGUUGUCUGUCGGGGAGCUGGGCGUCUGAAAGCAUCACUCAGCCUCCUCGUCAGCGUCAGCGACAGCUGUGAUGGGGCUCACGGGAGGCAGAAUUACUUUCACCCACUCUGACACACCCGACAGACAGACAGACAGACAGACGAGUAUUUCCACUGUGCCCCGGGGCAGCCAGCCAGCCAGCCAGCCAGCCAUAGACAGAUAGAUAGGAUGGAUAAAGUACAGACCACCGCAAACACACCCAUGCUUGCACCACACCAUCGUGACGUAACAACCCACCCCGGCCGGCCGGCCGGCCACCCAACACCCACCCACCCAUACUACCCACCCACGGCCUAUCUAUCCCUCAGUGCGAUCCGAUCCACGCCAGCCAGCCGUCGCUCAAAAAACAUGUGUGUGAGUGUGUAUGAGGUUAGAGGGUGCUCUGGCUGUCUGCGACACUGCCGCCCUCCUUGCUCAUGGUGGUCGACGAUGCUAUGCUGCCGUCGCCGCUCACGGACACCGGGACAGUCGGUGUGGUGUCCUGCCGAUCAUGCCACGACCGGUUGAACGACGACUCGGCCAGGUUGCUGCCCUCGGUGUUGAUGAUGGUCGAUGGGUGCGUCAGGCAACCGGUGCUCGCGUUGCCUAAACCACAUACACACACACACACACCUUUGCCACUAUCCCCUCCUCCCUCCCUCCCUCCCUCCCUCUUUGCUUCCGUUGCUUACUGUCCGAGUCAGCAUUGAGCAGCCCAUCCCCGCCCUCCCGCGGCCGCCUGCCCAGCCCCACCACCUCAAACAAGUCCGGACCAGACGAAUUGGGACUUGACGACGACGGGUAGGUCGGCAGGGCGGCCGCGGCAACCGUCAGAGGCUGGCCGUUGAGCUGGAUCGGCGCGGAGGACUUACUGGGCGGUGCUGAGGAUGCGACGACCGGUCGAGAUCGGUUAGAGGACGCGCUGAUGGUGGUCUCGCGGUCGGGCGCCACAUCUGCGUCCUUCUCGCUCGCCGCCUUGCGGGGCGGACGGUGCCUGACCCGCAUAUAAGAGCAAAGGCAAUGAGGACAAAAGUGACGGAUGGACGUGCGUGGCUGACUCACCCAGGGCAACAUGGUCCCGCUGCAACCAGCUGUCGGGUGCUGGUCGGCUCAUCUGGGCUGUAUUGGAUCUCUUGCCGGAACCGCGCCUCCUGUGUCGGCCGCUCCGCAACGGUCACCUCCAACCACUGACGACAGUAAACACCACAACAAUGAGGAACGACACACAAAGGGGUGUGUGCGUGUGUGUGUGUGUGUUCACAUGCAUUCUGCGCACCUCGGCGCCGCGUUUCUGUAGGUAGUCGGGUCGGAGCUUAUCGACGACCCGCUGCCAGAUGUAGACGCAAAGCUCCUCUGCCGUGCUGUGCACAAUGGGGAGCAGCUGAAACACACAACACAACAUGAGAUGGGUUGAGGAACGAACACCCCACAAGUCGAUGGAUAGAUGAAUGGAUGGAUGAAUGGAUAGUUCGUGCAUCGCCCAUUCAGUCACUCACCGCGCAGUCGCUCUUGGGCAGAGAGAAAAACGCCCCGUCCUCAGUACUGCGGCAGCCCAACAAACCGCACACACACCAACAUGAUGGUUUGGUUGCAUGACACUCGACGCAUACGCACGUCGCAUUGUGUGUGUGUGUGUGCUCACGUGAUGUUGACGUUUUGUUUGUUAGGGUCCGAUAUCUUGCUGUCGUAGUUGGGCGGGUAGCAGAAGGAGAUGUGCAGCACGUCAGACUUCAUCGGCACCAACAGAUGCUCAUUCAAUUCCUGCAACACACUCACACCCACAAGCUUCCACAUCGCCUUACCCAAGGACGGAUCUAUGUCCUGCUUCUCUGAUCUGCCUGUCUGUCUGUCUGUCUGCCUUCUCUCCUCCUUGGUUGUGUGUUGUACCUUGCAGACUUCCCUGGCGACGCGUUUGAGGUCUCCGAAGUCCAUGACGUAGCCAUCGCUGCCGACCGGCCCGCCCAGCCGGAUGCCCAGCGUGUAGUUGUGGCCGUGCAGCCGCUCACGGAAGCCCUUGUACGCCACAAAAUGCGCACACGAAAACUUGAAGUCGGGACUACUCACGCCGACGUCAAACGUCGCCGGCAUGGCUACAGCUGGUAUCAAC